AAAUAGCUAUAAUUUAGAAGCAAAAAAAAAAUAAUGGAGAAACACUUUGUUCUUGCUCUCGCCAUUGUUCUUUGCCACUUUGCUCUCUCUUCCGCCAUUGAUGGAACUGCAACUUACUACACCCCGCCUUACACCCCAUCUUCAUGUUUCGGGUAUGAUAAUAAGGGUACCUUGAUUGCUGCGGCAAGCGACCAAAUAUGGGAUAAUCGUGCGGCGUGCGGACGAAAUUAUAAGGUGACAUGUACAGGUGCUACCAAUCAAGGUGUGCCACACCCAUGCACGGGAGCGAGCGUUGUGGUUCAAAUUGUUGAUUACUGUCCAGCUGGUUGUCGAGGCACCAUUGAUCUCUCUCAAGAAGCGUUCUCGACUAUAGCAGAUUUAAAUGCCGGCAAAAUUGAAAUUGAUUAUGUUCAGGUGUAAAGAUGGCCGGUGGCUGAAGGCAUUAAUGGUGCUUUUUUUAUAUCAAAAUUAGUGUUGAAGAAGAGAAGAAUUACCUGUUCACUUAUGUGCCCUUAAAUAAUAUUGUUGCUGUGUAACUUCGACUGUGCUUACAUGACCACAAUUGUCUUUCCAUCAAUAAA